CCGCAGCUCCCCUUCCCUCCACCCCACAUUUUCCACUCCCCCCACUUUCGUGGCCCAGGGGUGGGCCUGUCUCGGCCCGAGCUGAGGGGAGGGGUCUCCAGGAGCUCCCCCCGCCCCCCACCCUGCGCCGCCUAAAGGCCCGGCCAGAAGCUGGUCGGAGGGCGCCGCGGCCGAGAGACGCACCUGGGUCGCCGGCCGGGCCAUGUCCUGGGCCGUCCUGCUCGGCCUCCUGGCCGCGCUGCUGCUGCUGCUGCUGCUGACCCGCCGGCGCACGCGGCGACCUGGCGAACCUCCCCUGGACCUGGGCAGCAUCCCCUGGUUGGGCUACGCCUUGGAGUUUGGAAAAGAUGCUGCCAGCUUCCUCACCAGGAUGAAGGAGAAGCACGGGGAUAUCUUUACUGUGCUGGUGGGGGGCAGGUACGUCACCGUCCUCCUGGACCCUCACUCCUACGACUCCGUGGUGUGGGAGUCGCGCACCAAGCUGGAUUUCCACGCCUACGCUGUCUUCCUCAUGGAGAGGAUUUUUGAUGUGCAGCUUCCGCACUACAACCCCAGCGAUGAAAAGGCCAAGAUGAAGCCGACUCUCCUCCACAGAGACCUGCAGGCGCUCACGGAUGCCAUGUACACCAACCUGCGCACUGUCCUGCUGGGCGAUGCCACAGAAGCGGGCAGUGGCUGGCAUGAGAUGGGUCUCCUCGAUUUAUCCUAUAGCUUCCUGCUCAGGGCCGGCUACCUGACCCUGUACGGAGUCGAGGCCCUGCCGCGUACCCAGCAGAGCCAGGCCCAGGACCGUGCCCACUCAGCCGACGUCUUCCACACCUUCCGCCAGCUCGACCUGCUGCUCCCCAAACUGGCGCGUGGCUCCCUGUCAGUGGGGGACAAGGACCACGUGGGCAAAGUCAAAGGUCGCCUGUGGAAGCUGUUGUCCCCAGUCAGGCUGGCCACCCGGGCCCAGCGGAGCACCUGGCUGGAGAGUUACCUGCUGCACCUGCAGGAGAUGGGUGUGUCGGAGGAGAUGCAGGCGCGGGCUCUGGUGCUGCAGCUCUGGGCCACACAGGGGAACAUGGGUCCAGCUGCCUUCUGGCUUCUGCUCUUCCUCCUCAAGAAUCCCGAGGCCCUGGCUGCCGUCCGUGAAGAACUCGAGCAUGUCCUCUCUCGAGCAGAGCAGCCUGUCUCACAGAUGACCACCCUCCCACAGAAGGUUUUAGACAACAUGCCUGUGCUCGAGAGUGUGCUGAGUGAGACCCUCAGACUCACGGCCGCGCCCUUCAUCACCCGAGAGGUUGUGGCGGACAUGGCCAUCCCCAUGGCAGAUGGGCGGGAAUUCUCCCUGCGACGCGGCGACCGCCUCCUCCUCUUUCCAUUCCUGAGUCCCCAGAAGGACCCAGAGAUCUACACAGACCCAGAGGUUUUCAAGUACAACCGAUUCCUGAACGCUGAUGGAUCAGAGAAGAAGGACUUUUACAAGGAUGGGAAGCGACUGAAGAACUACAGCAUGCCCUGGGGUGCCGGGCACAAUCAGUGCCUGGGGAGGGGUUACGCCAUCAGCAGCAUGAAACAAUUCGUGUUUCUUGUGCUGGCGCACUUUGACCUGGAGCUGGUCAACCCCAACGUGGAGAUCCCUGAGUUUGACCUCAGCAGGUACGGCUUCGGGCUGAUGCAGCCAGAACACGAUGUGCCCAUCCGUUACCGCAUCCGGCCGUGAACAGACCCGUCUCCACACGCUUGCCCCCACCCAGCCUACACCUGGAUCACCCAACUUUCUGUGUCCACAUCUGGCCUGGGUGCACAGCUUCGAACACCCAACAGUAUCAGCUUCAGCAUUUUACUGCUUUUUACCUGGAAGGCUGGUUGGGGGAAGAGGGAAGAAAGGAAGCUGAGAGAGGAAGGUUUAUUAAACCAAAAUGAGACUCUUUCUGCUGCCUGGCUCACCUUGCUCCUCUCACCUUAUGACACCCACAAAAGUUAGGGCAAACAGGGCAGAAUAGGAGUCCCGACUGCUGUGCCCCAACUCCCAGAGGGGCCAUUGUCCAAGCCCUUGACAAUGGUGUGGUUGAGGCCUUAACCACUCAAAGCAGUUGCUGGCCUUAAAAAGGCCAUUUGAGACCUAGCAGUGUGUCCCUUGAAAUGAGCUGGUCCCCAAAUUAUUCUUCUUUUUUUUUUAAUCUGCUAAAUCUUUUUUAAAAAUAUAUUUUAUUGAUUUUUUUUAGAGAGGAAGGGAGAGGGACAGAGAGUUAGAAACAUCGAUGAGAGAGAAACAUCAAUCAGCUGCCUCCUACACACCUCCUACUGGGUAUGUGCCCGCAACCAAGGUACAUGCCCUUGACCGGAAUCGAACCUGGGACCUUUCAGUCCGCAGGCCAAUGCUCUAUCCAUUGAGGAUAUCCAAUGCUCUAUCCAUAUCUAUCCCGGUUAGGGCCCCAAAUUAUUCUUAAACUAGCUGAAGCCAAAGGAGUCCUUAGACCUGUUUCUGGUUCCCUCAUCUCUCCAUUCACAAGAUUCUUGAGAAAGUGCAGGAGGGUUUCCGCAGCUGAUGCAUCCACGAUUCAGAUCGUGAGCACCCUCUAGACCAGCGGUUCUCAACCUGUGGGUCGCGACCCCUUUGGCGGUCAAAUGACCCUUUCACAGGGGUCACCUAAGACCAUCCUGCCUAUCAGAUAUUUACAUGACGAUUCAUAACAGUAGCAACAUGACAGUUAUGAAGUAGCAACAAAAAUAAUUUUAUGGUUGGGUCACAACAUGAGGAGCUGUAUUUAAAGGGCCAGAAGGUUGAGAACCACUGCUCUAGACACUGGGCUUGGAGCAGUGGAGCUCGCUGUUCUAGAGUUAUGGGCUCCAGAUGGGACAAGCCUUGUUAAUGCUGAGACUGAAGUUGGGAAUAAGAAAGUCACAGGCCCCACAGGACGUCCUGAUGGAAGGAAGCAGCCGGGCUCCUUGGACCGGGCAAGGCAAAAACAGAGGGGGCUUUGGUUUCCUUCAGUCUAGCUCAGAAACUCCAGCUGUGGGCAUGAUGCAGUCUGCAGACCUGUUUUAUAGAUAUAAAUUGUUUCCAUAUCAUCUGUGGGAGAGUUGAUUCAAAAUGUCCAGCUUCUCUUGAAAACUUGGAAAAACUGGGCACACUGGGUCCUUAUUCCCAAGGGCAGCCACUGGCCAGGGUUGAGAAGCAGCCACCUCCCUUUUCCAGGACGUGUGCUCUGGGUCACCAGGGUUUCUCCUUGGUGGAAUUUUUUCUUUCUGCUUCUCCAUUCCUAGUACCUCCUGGCCCAUGAAGGCAUUGGAGCUUGAGAACCCUGUUCUAACUCUUAGAAGUGAUCUUUUAGGAGGUGGUAGGAACCUGCUGACUGGUUCUUAGGCCAAUGGUCCAUCUUCCUGUGUUCACCACCCUUCCAACAAACAGAUCAAUGAUGAAAACUUGCCUUUGCAUCAAUUUGGGGAUGUGGGGAAGAGGAGCUCAAAGAGAAAAAAUUGCCUAGAAACCUUUAAUAUGAUGGUGAGCAUUGUUAAUAUUAGAUUCUGUUUAUUGAGAACUCUCUAAAUGUCUGUGACAGGCACAAUGGACAUCGCAUUUCUAUUUCUCACAUCAUCUCUGCAAAGAGGGAAUGGUUACACCUUUUUAUAGAUGAGGAAACAGGUUCAGGGAGGUGAGGUGACUGCCAGGGUCACACAGCUCAUAAGCUAGUAGAAUUCAGCAAACAGACUUAUUGUCCCAAUGGCAAAUGCAUUCCUUGGGCUUAAGGGGAUGAUGGAGGUACAGUUCUGUUUGGCAUCAGAGCCAGAGGCAUGCAUGGCCGGAUGCAUCUCAUGAGAUGCGCGCGUGCGCGCACACACACACACACACACACACACAGAGCUAAGUUACUUUAGCUUUAGCUGAAAGAGAAGAGAGGGCCUGAGAUUUCCGAAUGUGUCGGGAGCUAGUCUCUUAGAGCAGCACUGGGGGCCUUGGGGCUUCCCUGGCCCUCAGCCUCCAGGCGCCCCCAGGAUUCCCAGACAGAUACUGUGAUUGGCAAGAGCCAGGAUAUCCCCAGGGAAACCCAUCUUCAUGCCUGGGUGACCCCUGCUGCCGCCUGCUUCUUAACUCUGCAGGAAAUCAGGCCUGGCAGCCUCCUGUGGGAGGAUGGAGCCGGUUUCCACGGCAACCCUCAGCUGCCUCAUCCUAGUUUGGAAGGGAAGGAGGAAGGCCAGCAGAAAUAGCAGGAAGACCUCUCUGUGAGGCUGCUCCCCUGGUGGGGGAAAGCCCUGUGACUCCCCUCUUCCAGAUCAGGGACGCUUUGUCACUGAGACUAGAUUCUCACCUAUGUUUUGUUUUUGUUU